AUGUCUCACCAGUCUACCCAUAGCAGCCAUGGAUUCAAGAGCUUCAGCUCAUCCUCAGCAUGCUUACCAUCUAUAAACAAACAUAGCUCCAUUGGUUCCAUCACUUCCAAGAAGAUAUCCAUUGGCCACAAAGUGCACCCAUCAUUUAGCAGCAAAAGUGUCUACAGUGUUGGGUCUGGACAUAAGAUAUCAAGUGGAUUGAAGAGUGGACAUGCCUAUAGUUUGUCUGGAAUUGGACAUGGAUUGAGUCAUGCUGGGUAUGGAUUUGGUGGAUCAUUUUGCUCUCCUGGUAUUACCCAUGUCACCGUUAACCAAAGUCUCCUGGCUCCUCUGAAUUUGGAGAUUGACCCCAAUAUCCAGAGAGUCAGAACUGAUGAAAAGGACCAGAUUAAAGGUCUGAACAACAAGUUUGCCUCCUUCAUAGACAAGGUGAGAUUUCUGGAGCAACAGAACAAGAUGCUAGAAACAAAAUGGUCUCUUCUGCAAGAGAAAAAGCCUGCAAAGAGCCACAUUGAACCUCUCUUUGAGGCCUACAUCAGCAACCUCAGGAAACAGCUGGAAAGCCUUGGGGCUGAAAAAGUUCGUCUGGAGGCAGAAAGAAGGAAUAUGGAAGAUGCAGUUGAGGAAUUCAAGAAAAAGUAUGAGGAUGAGAUCAACAGGCGUACUGCGGCAGAGAAUGAAUUUGUAGGACUUAAGAGAGAUGUUGAUGCCGCUUUCAUCAAUAAAUCUGAACUACAAGCUAAAGUGGACUCACUGACUGAUGAGAUCAACUUCCUGCGCGCCCUCUUUGAUGCAGAGAUCGCUCAGCUCCAGGCUCAAAUCUCAGACGUCUCUGUCAUUGUCUCCAUGGACAACAGCCGAGAUUUAGACAUGGACAGUAUCAUUGCUGAGGUGAAGGCUCAAUAUGAAGAGAUUGCUAACAGGAGCAGAGCUGAGGCUGAGGCCAUGUACCAGUCAAGGUUUGAGGAGCUGCGCUUAACAGCUGGAAGACAUUGUGAUGACCUGAGAAACACUAAGCAUGAAAUCACUGAAUUGACUCGUCUGAUCCAGAGACUGAAGGGUGAAAUAGAGAGUGUGAAGGCACAGCGUGCUAAGUUGGAAGCUGCCAUCACAGAGGCUGAGGAACGUGGUGAAGCUGCUAUCAAGGAUGCCAAGAAUAAACUGGCAGAACUGGAGGCUGCUCUGCAGAAGGCCAAGCAGGACAUGGCUCGCCAACUGAGAGAAUACCAAGAGCUGAUGAAUGUCAAACUGGCUCUGGAUAUUGAGAUCGCCACCUAUAGGAAACUGUUGGAAGGAGAGGAAUGCAGACUUGUUGGCGAAGGGCAUGGAUCAGUUAGCAUCUCCGUGGUCAGCAACUCCUCAGGACAUAGUGGCCAACAUCACCAUGGAGGAAGCUUCAGCUCUGGCAGUUUAUCCAAGGGGAAGCAUGGUCACCACUGCUAAGCCUAGAUCAUCUUUGACGGCCUUCACGAAUAUUGCACUGUAUUGAGCAACACCCCAUUGGUCCUGCUUUAUAAAUCUAGCUUACAUGCAAUCACUUCUC